GCUGAGGGGCGGGGCCGAAGCGCCGCGUGAGCACGUAGGUCACGUGUUCCUUCCGCAUCCGGGUACUCCGCGGAGGCUUCGGUCAGGUCCCGGUUCCGGUACCGGUUCUGGUCGGUGUUUGUUUCUCCUCUGUCAGGCGGCAGCCGCUUCCCUCAGACCGGCGCCAUGGCGAUGCAAGCGGCCAAACGAGCCAACAUCCGGCUGCCUCCCGAAGUCAAUCGGAUCCUGUACAUCCGGAACCUGCCCUAUAAAAUCACAGCAGAGGAGAUGUAUGAUAUUUUUGGGAAAUAUGGGCCUAUCCGACAAAUCAGGGUUGGCAACACUCCUGAAACCAGAGGCACAGCCUACGUGGUCUAUGAGGACAUCUUUGAUGCCAAAAACGCUUGUGACCACCUGUCAGGAUUCAAUGUCUGCAACAGAUACCUCGUUGUUCUGUACUACAAUGCCAACAGGGCAUUCCAGAAGAUGGACACAAAGAAGAAAGAGGAACAGCUUAAGCUUCUCAAGGAAAAAUAUGGAAUUAACACAGACCCACCAAAAUAAACUGAUCUUUUUGGAAAGCUGCUUUUAAGCCCUGCCAUUGAGUUCUUGAACUAAACACUGGAACUCUCCAUGAAGUACAACUGCUUUUUUAAAGUUUUAUAAACUGUAAUAUGACUCUUUAGAUCUUCACAGUAGAGUUAAAUAAAUGGAAAACAUCAGAAGAUUGGGUUUUCAGAUUAAAUCCCCCUAAGUCAACGUUGCUUCUCCAUGCUGUGAGGGUGAGCUGGCAAAUGCUGUGUCCUGACAGCCCUGUUUCCAGCAGGACCUUUCAAGAUGGGACCAAGCAAGCUGAGAGCUUCACAUUCCUGAGUUGUGCCCUAUCUCCAGGGCAGAUUUAAGCCAAUGAAUCCAAAGAGCUCCAGGGGCUCUGCUUGAGCUGUCUGAAUGGAGGUAAAGUUCUCCCUGCCACAGUGGUUUUUGUGCUUUUUUUUGUUUUUUUAAUAAAAAUAUGUUUUGAUAGUUGAUCACACCUGUCUAUAUUGUACACCUCUGGGAAUGUGUGAAUUUAGGAGCCUAAAUCCAUUGUGGGAUUGUUAGUCUGCUGCUUACUAGAAACAGAGCAAGCCCAAAUUCAUGUUUAUAACAGAAUUUAUUUUACAAACUAUAGAAAAAGAACAGCCUCUUGAAAUGCUCCAGCUGCUAAGGAGAAUUCAGUCAAGGGAUUGAGACAAAGCAGUUAAGCUGCAGGAAAACCAUUUCACUGCUGCAGAGCUGGUGCCAUUGAGGUCUGUGUGAGAUGUCCCAGGUUUGCAGUGAGAGGACAGGAAUGCACCUGAUGCUGCUUGAUGCUGAGCAGAGAGCACCCAGCCACAACCAGACAGCAGAUGGUGGGGGUGUUGUUAGCAAAUACCUGUAAUGUGACUUUUCUACUCGGUGAGCUGUCAUGUAUUUCAUGUACACACAGUUUUAGAUGUACAUACAUGUUUAGGAAAAACAUUAAAAUUUUUUUGCUCUUUUUUUCAGCACUCAUGCUUUGUGAAUAAAAAUAUACAAAGUAUGCAUAGCAUAGCAGUGUCUUUUGGAAGUGGAAAAGAAUUACCUCUGCCUCUGUUCUGAGCCAGCUGGGAGUGUUGGAGUGACCCUGCCCCUCAGGAGCAUUUCUCUGCUUAGAUAUGAUGUUUGAGUCCCUGACCAACGUCCAGCCAGUGCAGAACACAGGCAGAUGCAGACAUGCUCUGCCUGGCAAUUUGUAAUGCAAGUAAAAUUUUUUUCAUUGCAUUAUACUGCCCUAAAGGAUUGUUUCCAUUUGCUUAUGCUUGGAUUUUUGUUGAAAUUGUCACAUAAAGAACCACACUGGCUUUGUGUCCAAUCAGUUAAAAAUAAAAGUGUCUAUAUAGU